UUUUAGGUCACAGUUCAUUUAAUCUGCGCAUGAACGGAAGUAUUACAAGCAAUCGUGAUUGGAAACGAAAAUGAGUGGUUAUCCAAGCCUCCGUCCUCAUUCCUCUUCUAGCAAAGUGAUUGAUUUGCCUGAUGGUCUGUAUGGUGUUCCAGAUGCAAUGCUGAAUGGCUUGCAAGCCUGCCGAGCAAGUUCCUCCCUUCAAACAGUGCACCCACUUCAAGCAUCAGAAAUGGUGUGGCAAGACCAUCAGAUGAAAAUGGACUUUGUCAUGUUAAGAAACUCUCAAGGCUUGCAUGCACCACUGAAACUACAGAUGGAACACUUUGCAGUCUCACAGAUGCAACGUCUGCCUUGCCUACACAGUUCAAACCUAAUGAUGGACACCUUGACUGGAGCCGAUGACCUCAUUAAAUUUGAAGAUAUAUUAAACAAUCCUGCCGACAGUGAAGUGAUGGGCCAGCCUCAUGCCAUGAUGGAAAGAAAGUUAGGCCUGUUGUAGUUUGCUUGUUACAGCUUGUCUUCAUUUUGUUUCUCUUACAUGGCAGUGUUUGACAUAAACAUUUGUAACUAUUAAUUCACAGCAACUGCAUCAAUAUUUAUUGAUCAACGUGUUAAUAAAAAUGGAUUUUUUUUUU